ACAGUCAUGAAACGUCAUUGUGGUUGACCAGUUUUGCUUUAAUACAGCUGUUCGGUAAAUCAGUUUACAGUCGAUAGACUAUCAGGGCCGUGUCUUUUUUAAACGCCGAGGAAUGGCAACCGUUAUUAAGGAUGACAGAUUAACAAGUUCUCAAAGUUUUCUAUGCGUCGGGUUUGCAGGAAUCUUUAGCAAAACAGUUACAUCACCCCUUGAGGUGGUGAAAAUUUUGAGCCAAGUGGGGACUUUUCACUGCAAAUGUGAUUUCAUGCGCAGUUUUCUACUGAUUUAUCAGCGUGAAGGUCUGCGGGCGUUUUGGAAAGGGAAUUCGGUUUCCUGUCUGCGGUUGUUCCCAUACAGUGCCAUACACCUGGGAACCUACAAAACGAUCAUCCACCUCUAUAUGGAUGAGCUUGGACGUAUUUCCCAGUGGAAGGCCAUAAUGACUGGUGGUCUAGCAGGUAUAUCUGCUGCUCUGCUUACAUAUCCCUUGGAGGUGGUUGAAACCAGACUAAUUGCCCAGAACUGCAGAGAAUCCACGUAUCGGGGUGUGGUGCACACACUAUCCAGCAUAAACCGACAUGAGGGGUUCUUGGCUCUCUAUCGUGGCUUUUCUCUCACUAUAUUAGGUGCAGUUCCCUUCUCGAUUGGCUGCUACAUAGUUUUUAUUAACUUGGAUAAGCUGUGGCAGGAGCACCACUUCCGUUUCACCUCUUUGCAGAACUUUAUCAAUGGCUGUCUUGCUGCAGGAGUGGCUCAGACUCUCUCUUUCCCUUUUGAGACAAUUAAAAGGAAAAUGCAGGCUCAGAGUCCUCUUCUGCCACACUAUGGAGGAGCUGAUGUCCAUUUUACUGGGAUGAUAGACUGCUUCAAGCAAGUCAUCAAAACCAAAGGUGUCUUGUCCCUAUGGAGUGGCAUUACAGCCAACAUGCUCAAGAUCAUCCCUUACUAUGGGCUGCUCUUCAGCUGCUUUGAGAUGUGUAAGCAAUUCUGUCUUUACCAAAACGGCUACACCGUGUCACCAUUGAGCUACAAACUCAAACCAGGAGUGGACCAAAGCCUGGGCCCACAUGAACUGCAGGAGUUUAAGCGCUAUCUGAGAAACAGACAAAUACAGGCCCAAAGUUCAUCAAUGGGAAAUCGGUGGCAAACCUGACCAUAUUAUAUGCAAAUACCUAGUAGGAGGAAAAACAAGUAAAGACUAAGUAGGAUUUUGCUGGAGUACUUUCUCUGGUGUUGUCAUUUCUUCUAAAACCUGUACUACCACUUGUAAGUAUAUUUAGAUAAAUAGAUUAAUAAACUUGAAUUCACUUAAGAACUUUUGUUCAAUACAUGCAAGAAUGGAUAUUUUGGUUCUACAGGGCACGUUACAACACUUUCACUGUUUUGUAUGACACUGCACAUGUUGCACACAAUGGUAUGCACAAAGUGUUCAGUAUUGUUGAGGCUGGUUAAAUAUUGCAAGUAUUUAGUAAACAAUAUGGACAUUCUAGUGUGAGAAUUGAUCUUGUGCAACCUGAAGUUAGAAGACCUUGUACAUCCUCUGUAACAGUACUCACUGCUAAAAGUUAAGAAAUGUAUUAUUACACCCACUACUGUAUUUAGUAAGCCAUUUUAACGAUUUUAAACCACACUUGAAACACAACCCUUGUUUUCUGCGAUACCUCAAAAAAUACUUGAUGGUGGUACAAAACAGACUAUGACAUAUUUUAGACAGUAUUAAUAUUGUAUCAAUUUUAAUAUUGUAUGUAAAGCAGGUGCUGUCUUUUUAGACAUGUCAGUUAUGUAUAUCACUGGCCAUUCACGGGCCUCUCAGGAUGGAUUGUUUCAGUGCCUUCAAACAAUUAAUGAAUACCAUGGAUUUUUAUGCCAUUUUAAAUGUACUGAUUAUUUAUGUGCUAUAAGUUUGUUUUUGUUUUUCUACAUAUGAGUAGUGUGUAUAAAAUCAUAUUUUAUGUAUUAUAAUAUAAUAUUAUAAUUCAAAUGCAUUGGUAGCAAUCAUGAUGAAUUUGACUGUUUAUAUAUUAAACUCGUCUUUGUCCCCA